AUGCAUUGGGUUGUUGGUACCUGGUUAAUCACAUCUCUUCUCGGCCUUGGAAUGGGGCACAACACUUUAUUUGAAGGAUAUGACCGGACUCUGUCAGGUUAUCAUCUGUGUAAUAUGACUGAGUCUGUGUCAGUGACCCAUGUGAUCUCCUAUCCAACCUCGUACACCCAGAAGAAACCGUGUGGUGGCUGGCUGCCAUGGACAAUGUGUGAUGUCACAGUUUAUAAGACAGAAUACCGAACACAGGUGUCUGACAUGACCAAGCAGGUCAUGAAAUGCUGCCAUGGCUAUGAACAAGUUGGGAGUUACUGUGCCUUGUCCUUGAACAGAAGUGCAGAAUUCACAUCCAAGCCAGGAUUGUGUCCCCCAACAAGAGCGACAGGGUGUCUGAGUAAUAAUUCAAACUCCUCCGGCUCUGUGUGCAACUGGGACAUUGAUUGUCCUCAGUGGCAAAAAUGCUGCCUGAUUGAAAACACCUCCCUCAUCUCUCAGUGCUCAGACCCUGUACCAUCAGUCAACAGAACCUGGUGCUUCAAUGUGACAGUAACAGUUAAGAAAACCUAUGAGCUAAUUACCUGGGACAAAGGACUCUUCAACCACACCAGACUGCUGCACUCUGUGAUAACUGGCGCUCUGGGAAUUGAUCAAAUUUCUGUGCAUCAUGUCUGGACAAAAACAGCAGGGCCCUUCACAACCUCUUCCUCAUUGCUGGUUUGUUCUUCUAAAGUUAUCUUACUAGAAGACAUCUCUACAAAACUGUAUCUGCUGGGAAUCAUUGAGGAGGUGACUAAUUUGGUGGUGCAAGGUAUGACAAAUCUGAUUUCUCCACCACCAACCACCACCACCACCACCCCAUCCUGGACUACUCACUCUCUACCACAACCAACCACCACCACCCCAUCUUCUACAUGCGACUACACACCUGAGAUCAUCAGCAUCCUCUCUUAUAAUGUCACUGCAUCAUCCUUCCAUGUGGCAUGGACCACCAACAUCCAGACAGGGGUCACCUUCUACCUGGUUCUGCUAAAUGGGAGCAAUGAGAUACAAAAGUGGCAAGUGAUGAGCUAUAAUUGGACAUUCACCGACCUGAGUCCUGUGGUUCUUCAUACUGUACGUGUCACUCCAGUAGCCUGUGGUAACCAGGGAAACCCCAUAGAGAUCAAAGUGAGAACAGAUGGACAGUCUCUUGGAGCUACAGCCCGCUUGAAAGGCGUGAAUUAUACAGAGGCCUUGAAAAACCCAAACAGUGAUGAAUAUAAGGCGUUCUGUGACAGUGUCAUGAAUGAGACUCUUUUGUCCUUGUCUUCAGAGAUACGUGCACUAGUCAUCUCUGGACAGGUCAUCAUCCAGAUAACAUCCCUCUCAUCCGGCAGCAUAAUUGUGAACUUUUCCAUCAUAUUUCAACCCGGCAGCAACUUGAGCAUGUCAAUUGUGUCCAGUGCUCUGAUGGGGUCUCUUCAGAACAGCUCCGUAUAUGAAGUAGACAGUAACAGUAUAUACAUAGCAGAUCCAGAUGAGUGUUUUCUGGAUAAGGCAGACUGCUCUCCAUGGGCUUACUGUAAUAACACUUUUGGCUCAUACAUCUGUGACUGUUGGUCUGGAUACACAGACUUGAACCCCAGUAGACCAGGGCGCAGCUGUGCAGUUUUCCUGUUCAUGGCCACAACUCCCACCACAAACUACCCUGGAGUAUCUUCAGAUUCCACGGGCACUACAACAUCUUCCACCACCAUGUCUGGAAACCCAACUAUGAGCAGUACAGUGAGCACAACUCAUGUUCAGCACAACACAACAACGUCUUCAGCUUCCACAGCUACUAACGGACCAACAACAGCGACGACCAAAAUUCCUACAACAACACUUGCACCUACGACGCAGAACUCUGUCAGAACUACAACUCCCGAUUCUCAGAUAUCAAGCACUCCACCAGAUUUGAUCUUCCAUGUAGCUGUUGAGUGCAUCCCGUGGUAUGUAACAGUCGUUAUAAGGCGUGGCGUCUUGCACAACCAUUACAUCCAAGAGAGUUCCCUGUACCUCGGUAAAGCAGAAUGUGGUCUCAGCGGGGGAAAUGCAUCCCAUGUGUGGCUCACUACAUCUUGGGAGAACUGUGGUACUACACUAGUGCAUAACGAUACCCAUCAUUUAGCUAAUGUGACUCUAUAUAACAGCGUGAGCACUGUUUCUUCUGUGCGUCUGAAAGUUCCUGUCACUUGCUCUUACCCCAGAGGCAUCCUCAUCUCCACGGGAUACGGCCCCUCAGGGUAUUUUGAUGACCUAGUGGCAGGAUCGGGUAUGUUCCAGGUUAUUGUGCGGCUGCUGAAAGGGACGAUUCCUUUACCUGAAAAUUACACCCUCUUCACUGAUGAUGAAAUCAUUGUAGAGGUUGGGGUCAACACUACUGUCUCCCAAAUCAAAGUUGUCAUCGACAAGUGCUGGGUCACUUCCAGCAGCGAUUCAUCAGAGACUCCCUACAAUCUGUUUCUGGAUAAAGGUUGUGAAGUGACAAACCUAUACACAACUGUUCUUCAGAACGGAAAUGACACUGUGGCUUUGCUAUCAGUGCAGCUAUUCAAAGCUGUAGAUUUCGACGUCAUCUACCUGCACUGCCAGGUCCAGAUCUGUGUUGAAAUUCAGAACGGCACCUGCAGACCUGUGAUGUCGGUCCAAACAGAUACAUCAGAUACAUCAAAUACUGUGCAGUCUGUUGGAUUUAUUCUGCUUGGUGUUGGGGUGUUUCUGUUUUCCCUGGCUGCCAUUGCAGGAUUGGUGUAUCAUAAAAGGAAAAUCGGCAACUACAACUUUCGUUGUAAACCACAGCAACAGAACUUCACCUAUCAUGUUUUUGACACCUAACUGCACUCAAAUAGUUAACUGUAGCUGUAAACUGAUCAUUUUAUUAUUGGAUAUUACUAAUAGUCCCAGUAUAGGCCAAGAGAAAAUUAAAUUAAUGGUGAGAUAAAUGGAUUAACGGAAUUAAUGGAUUUGACUAAAUUUUUGUAGAAAAACAAUCUAACUUAGGCUACUAUGAAAAUUAUUCUUAAUUUUAUUUAUUUAUUUUUGUCAGCACUUUAAUCUAUACAUAUGGUGUAGAUCAAGGCCUUAACCACUGAUAUUGUCGAAAAAGCUAAAUGUUCCUUUACCGUCAUGUUCAUACUCAUAAAAUAAAUAAAUAAAUGAUUCAGCCAUUUUCAACACAAAAUGGCGAAAUUUAACGUAAAAAAACGGAGUAGUUUGCAUCACUGGAUGUUAUUGUUGAUCGUUUAACACUUCUAUAGUAAAAACCGUUAUGAAAUAUUAAAUAGCCUACUGCUUAUAUCUUACCUCGCAUAUUCUUUCACCGUUAAAACUGAAGAGUCGCGCGGGAAUUUCCGCCUUCUUUGAUUUGAUUGGCAGACAAGCCUAAAAUAAAUCCAUUCACACUCCAAACAGAGAUGCAUCAACAGUAUCAAAUAGUAGGACAGAAAUGUGUCCGUUUGUAAAUUUUUGGUGGCGCUUGUCCUUCUCAAUGUCUAUUGUGGUUAACGGCUCUGGAAUAGAUAUUUAAAAUGGUUGAAUAUGUUACUUAUAUAUGAAAACUGCACA